AUGAGUGAACUUCCACAGUACCCUCCAAUCGACCCAACCACAUUUGACCUAAUCGUCAUUGGCACGGGUUUGCCUGAGUCAGUGAUUGCAGCUGCAGCUUCCACUUCCGGGAAAACAGUCCUUCAUCUUGAUCCAAACCCUUUCUAUGGCUCUCAUUUUGCAUCUCUCUCCAUUCCAGAAUUCAAUUCUUUCUUGAAUUCGAAUUCUGCUCCUCCUGCCUCACAGCCGUGUCCGGAGACUGCUUGUCCAUCUGAUGACCCCAAUUUGUCCAUUAUCAAUCUCAAUUGCCGAUCUCUUUACUCGGACCUUGAAAUCUCCUCAUUCUCUCCCACGCUAUUGGAAGAAUGCUCUAGAAAGUUCCUUCUGGACUUAGCUGGUCCCAGGGUCUUGUUUUGUGCUGACAAGGCCAUUGAUCUUAUGCUGAAGUCUGAGGCAAGCCAGUAUGUGGAAUUUAAAAGCAUUGAUGCAAGCUUCAUCGGUGAUGGGGAUGGGGCAUUGUUGGCGGUCCCUGAUUCUCGGGCUGCAAUUUUCAAGGAUAAGAGUUUGAGCUUGAUUCAGAAGAAUCAGUUGAUGAGGUUCCUUAAACUGGUAGAAGGGCACUUAAGAGCUACAGCAGCAUCGGUUGGUACAGAUGUCAACCAAAGUGAAAAAGGUGAAGAACGGGAGACUGCAAGCAGGAUUUCAGUGGAAGAUUUGGAGAGUCCUUUUGUUGACUUCUUGACAAAAAUGAAGCUGCCCGCAAAGAUUAAAUCAAUCGUUCUAUAUGCUAUAGCUAUGGCAGACCGCGAUCAGGAGAACAAGGAGAUUUCUAAACAAGUACUUAAAACAAAAGAUGGAGUUGAUCGUUUAGCUCGCUAUCAGUCGUCAAUUGGCAGGUUUGCAAAUGCAUCUGGGCCUUUUAUUUAUCCUAUAUACGGUCAAGGCGAACUACCACAAGCAUUUUGUCGUCGAGCAGCCGUGAAAGGUUGUAUCUAUGUGCUUCGGAUGGGAGUGGUUGGUUUACUUGUGGAGAAGAGUAGUGGCAAUUACAAGGGUGUAAAGCUAGCCUCUGGUCAGGAGCUGUUUAGCAAUAAGCUUCUUCUGGAUCCAGCAUUUACUAAAUCAUCACCAACUUCAUCCCCAGAUGAUUCUCUCUGUUCAAGAUUUGACUUUCUAACCACCCAAAAUGUCAAAAGCAAAGUGGUUAAAGGAAUUUGCAUUACAAAAAGUUCUUUGAAGCCGGAUGUACCAAAUCUUUUGGUUUUAUAUCCCCCUCAAUCAUUGUACCCGGAGCAGUCAACAACAGUUCGAGUUCUUCAGAUUGGUGGCAAUUCAGCUAUAUGUCCCAUGGGAAUGUUUGUGAUCUACCUUUCGGCUUCGUGCGAGGAUGUUGCUGAAGGGAAGAAGUUGCUAAAUAGAGUCAUGAGUGCCUUGUUAUCUUUCCCUGACUGUUCUGAGUCUAGUUCCAUAGCUUCUGAUGAAAAUGUAAGCCAUCCAGUUGGUGCCGAGGAAGGCAAACCGACAUUGCUUUGGAGUGCAUUGUACGCCCAGGAGCUGCAAACUACAGGACAAUCUGAUUGCAUCACUUCCAGUCCCACCCCCGAUGGAGAUCUGGACUACAAUUCAGUUUUCCAUGCUACCUUAGAGCUGUUUCAAACAAUGUACCCAGACACCGAUCUGUUUCCAGCUACGAACCCAUCUGACGAGCAUAGUGGAGAAAAUGCAGAGAGUUAA